AUGCCUUCAGUUACUAUUCUGAAACCUGAAGAUAAGGGAAUAAUAAAGAAAGCCCUUUCUAAGAAAGAAAAUAAAAUCUUGAAUGCAACGGUUGCCCGGCUUUAUGUUGCAUAUCCUAAUGCGAAUGUUUGGACUUAUACCAAAAUCAUGGGAGCGGUUGUUCUUGUCAAGGAUAAUUCAAAGAAUUCGUUCUUUUUUAAAAUUGGAAAUCGCGGUAUUUUAUGGGAACAAGAACUCUAUAAAAGUUUCCAAUAUACUGUUGAACUUCCAUUCUUUCAUACUUUUGCCCUUGAUGAAUGUCUUGCUGCUUUCUCCUUUGCUGAUGAACAAGAUGCCAAAACCUUUCACAAAAAAGUUACAAAUAGGGAAAAGGUUUCUUCAAAGACUAAUAAGAAAUCUCAAAAAGAAAAUAAGAAUAGUGGUGGCGGAUUAUUUGGUAUGAACAAGGUUAAAAAUAAAAUUGAUAAAUCAAAAAUUAGUGGUCCUACAGAAUUUAGACAUCUUGGACACAUUGGAUAUGAUGAUCAGAAAGGAUUUGAUGUGCAAAACAUUGAUCCUGAAUGGAAAGAAUUAAUCGCUCAAUUAGGAGAGUUGGGUGUUAGCGACGAAGAUAUAGAAAAAAAUGCCGAUUUCAUUCAAGACUUUAUGAAAAACAAUAAUUUGAAAUCAGCCGUUAGGAAUGGUCGUAAACCAACCAAUGCCCUCGAAGUACCAGUAUCACCCAGAGUUUCUCCAAGAGUAUCAUCUCCAAUUUCUGUUCCUCAAUCACCACCUCCGCCUGCCCCACCUACCCUUCCUUCACGUUUUCCUUCACGUUCUCCUGCUCAACAACCCGUGAUCGCACCUCCACCCCCACCACCUCCUGUUCGUUCUCUUCUUUCUAAUAAUGCACCGCCACCGAUUCCACCUGCGAGAGUGACCGCACCUCCACCACUUCCACCAACUCGUAAUACAAAUGCGUAUGUUGCACCAAUAUCAGUACCACUAAAAGAAACACAGAAUGAACAAAAGAAAUUAGCACCACCACCACCUUCAUUUACUCCAAUUGGGGAAUCGGUAACGCCACCACCUCCACCACCACCACCAACUAUGGGAACGGCACCUCCUCCACCACCACCACCACCACCAACCAUGGGAACGGCACCUCCUCCACCACCACCAACCAUGGGAACGGCACCUCCUCCACCACCACCACCACCACCAACCAUGGGAACGGCGCCUCCACCACCACCACCACCACCAACUAUGGGAACAGCACCACCUCCACCACCACCAAUGCAAUCUCUUUCACGUGAAUCUCCAAGCGUACCUCCGCCAGCUAUGGAUGGUAGAGUUAAUUUAAUGGAAGCUAUUCGUAAUAGGGGUGGGGUUAGUGGUGGUGGGUUGAGAAGUGUUGGUGAAACUGUACGUCAAUCAACUAUUACUGAAGACUCUUCAAGCUCAAAUGGAAAUGAUGAUACAAAUUUAGCGAAAACUUUAGCCGACGCAUUAAAGAAACUUAAUAAAGAUAUGGGAAGUGACGAUUCCGAAGAAGACGAUGAUGAUGAAUGGGAUACGGAUUAA